AGGGGCCAAAGAAGCUUUGCGACACAACAGCACCGCUGCGCCAGUCAGCCUGUCGUAUUCGGGUGCCACCCACCGUUGCUCAAGCCUCGAUCCCUCCAGGACUGCCGGUCGGUUCCUCAAUGUGGAGUGUAACGGCACGGAUCACUUAUACUGUGGUCCCCGACCGUUUGAUCAGUCCCCUGGGAGUCUGGGACAGUGGGACGGGCAGUCUAAUUGACUUGGUCCGCGUUGCUACAGCUAGCUGUACUUGUCCUUCUCAAUUCAAUUAACCUUUCCGAAGCUUCCCUCCUCCUCGUAUUCUUUGACGACGACACACGCACACGAAAGCACUUACACCCGAUAAACAACGCGUCAACGACUCGACGGAUCACACCGAGCAAAACCCUUCCUCCACGAUACCCUCACAUCACGAACCCACCCAAAUCCAUAGACCCCAGCGCAUACGACAAGAUGGUCUCAACACGCUCCUCCUCCCGCGCUCUCCCAAACGGCCUUGACGCCUCCCCAAGCAUCCCCUCCACAGCCCGCGCCGUCGUCACAGCCGCCACAACCCACCCCGAGAACAAGUCCACCCCACAAGGCUGGUCCCACGCGCCAACCUCCCUCACCUGCUUCUGGCUCCUCAUCUCCCUGCCCCUCGUCAUCUGGGACACGGGCUACGUCCUCCUCCGUCCCUGGACGAUGCCGGGAGGGCACCUUCACUGGCCCGUCUGGGCGCCCUACAAGCUCUACGGCGAGGUCGACCACGUAUACGGAUGGAAGGCGUUCAACGCCGGCAACGGCUUCACGUCUGCGCAGGGCGCGUUGAAUGCUGUUGAGACGGUCAUGUAUCUUGCGUACUACUGGCUAUACUUCUCGCGGGGACGCGCCGUCGAGGGGCCGGCUGGGUUGAAGAAGGUUGUUGGCGGAAAGGCGGGCGCGUUGGCUAUUGUGAUUGGGUUCAGCGCGGCUGUAAUGACCCUGAGCAAGACGGUCUUGUACUGGGCGAACGAGUACUUUUCUGGCUUCGAUAACAUUGGCCACAACCCCCCUCUGGACCUUCUCUUCCUCUGGAUCAUUCCUAACGGCGCAUGGCUCCUCGGAUCAGGCUACAUGAUCUUCUCCAUGGGCAGCGAGAUCGUCGACGGGCUGGCCCUCGCGUCGAAGACUACCAAGACUGAAUAAUGGAUGUCGCGCUCGAGACGCCUAACGCGGAUUGACUCUUCUUGCGAGAGUAAUUAUAAGGUAGGGUAUCCGUGUUCUAUACCUACACUUAUCCAGAUGGCGCUACAUGCCGCAUGUAUCUUUCAAGACGACAAAGGGACAAGGAAUCUGAUGGACUGGUAAAUAUGAGAUGUAUAUAUAUACGUUGACAUAUGCGUAAUGUUUGAUAUGGAAAAAAGGUUCAUCUACC